AUGAUCUGCGAUACCUUCCGUAAGUUUGCAGACGAUGUGGUUAAGCCAUUAGCUGAGGAUAUUCACCGGCAGGACAAGCUGAUUCCUGAUGAGAUUCUGCAACCGCUGCGGGAGAUGGGGUGUUUUGGUCUGUCAGUGCCUGAGCGUUUUGGGGGUUUGAAACCCGAUGACCGCGAAGACAGCGUGGGCAUGGUGAUUGUGACUGAAGAGUUGUCGCGUGGCUCUUUAGGUGCAGCUGGCAGCUUGAUUACAAGACCGGAGAUUAUGGCGCGGGCCAUUAUGGAAGGCGGGACUGAUGAGCAACAGGCUCGAUGGCUGCCGGAUAUUGCCGCGGGCGACCCGCUGUGUGCGAUCUCAGUUACGGAACCCAACACCGGCUCUGAUGUGGCCUCUGUUGCCUUAAAAGCGACCAGGACCGAAGGUGGUUGGUUACUCAACGGCGGCAAAACCUGGUGCACGUUUGCUGGAAAGGCAGGGGCGAUCCUGGUGCUGGCGCGUACAGAGCCAGAUGCAAAACCGCCGCACAAAGGCCUGUCGCUAUUUGUGGUUGAGAAACCGGUACACGAAGGCCACGAAAUCGAAUACAUCCAGGACAACGGCGGCAAGAUGAGCGGUCGUGCCAUCGCGACGCUGGGCUAUCGCGGCAUGCAUUCGUUUGAAAUGUUCUACGAUGACUUUUUUGUGCCGGACGAUUGCCUGAUCGGGGAAGAAGGCGGCCGCGGCAAAGGUUUCUACUUCACCAUGCGUGGAUUCAUGGGUGGUCGAUUGCAGACUGCCGCGCGUGCGUGCGGUUUGAUGCGCGCCGCGUUUGAAGAUUCGGUGAGCUAUGCGUCAGAUCGAAAAGUAUUUGGUCAGGCAGUGGCGCAGUAUCCGCUGUCUCUCGCGAAGAUUGUGAAAAUGGCGGCCAAUAUUGUCGCCUGUCGAGCGUUUACUCAUGAAGUGGCGGCGCUUAUGGAUCGAGGUGAAGGCGCGAUGGAAGCCAGCCUGGUGAAACUCAUCUCCUGUCGUGCGGCGGAGUGGGUGACCCGGGAAGCAUUGCAGAUGUAUGGCGGUAUGGGGUAUGCGGAAGAAUCUCCGGUGAGCCGUUAUUUUGCAGACGCACGAGUGCUUUCCAUCUUUGAAGGUGCGGAAGAAACACUGGCGAUCCGCGUUGUCGGCAAAGCCUUAGUGGAACAGGGCAGGGAAUUGCGCGAUAAGCAGGCGCGAAGUGCGCUGGGCAAAUUGUCGAAAGAGGACCUUGUUGGCUGGCAGAAACGUCUUGCCGAAAAAGGCUGGGCAACUACGAACUGGCCGUCUGAAUAUGGUGGCUCCAGUUUUACGCCCACCCAGAGCUAUAUUUUUGACCUCGAGCGUGCUCGUGUGGGUGCGCCUGGUGUAGUGCCGUUUGGUAUUACCAUGGUUGCGCCAGUGAUCAUGAAAUUUGGUACCGAAGACCAGAAAAAGAACUUCCUUCCCAAGAUCCAGAACUCUGAUAUCUGGUUCUGUCAGGGUUAUUCAGAGCCGGGCUCCGGUUCGGAUCUGGCGUCUUUGAGCACCAAAGCGGAGGAUAAGGGUGACCACUACCUGGUUAAUGGUGUGAAAACCUGGACCACGCUGGCGCAAUAUGCGGACUGGAUGUUCUGUCUUGUGCGUACCAGCCAGGAAGAUAUUCGUCAGCUGGGUAUCAGCUUCAUUCUGAUUGAUAUGAAAACACCUGGAAUCGAAGUUAAGCCGAUCAUCACGCUGGAUCAGCCGGGUGAAGGCUUCCAGGAAAUCAACAUGGUGUACUUUGAGGACGUUAAAGUUCCCAAAGAGAACCUGGUUGGUGAAGAAGGCAAAGGCUGGACCUGUGCGAAGUAUCUGCUUGAGUUUGAGCGUGGUAAUGCUUAUUCACCUUCACUGAAAGGUGCGAUGAAUCACCUGAAAACGUUUGCGCAAGCCGAGCAGAAUGGUGCAGGUCAAAGUUACGCCGAAUCUGCAGACUUUCAGCGUCGGUUUAAUGACGUAGAGAUUCAGAUUCUGGCGAUGGAAUACACAGAGCUACGCAUUCUUGGUGCGCUGGCUGCUGGGCAAAAUGUGGGGCCGGAAAGUUCCAUGUUGAAAACUCGAGGUACAGAGCUGCAGCAGGCCGUGACAGAGCUGGCGAUGGAGAUAUCCGGCCACUACGCGCUGCCGCUGGAUCAGUCUACUCCGUAUCCUGGUGACAAUUUUCAGGCGGUGGGCCCGCAGGACGCCAAUGGCACCGCGCAGGAGUAUUUUAAUGCCCGGAAAGUGAGUAUUUAUGCGGGUUCUAAUGAAAUUCAGCGAAAUAUUAUGAGUAAGUUGGUGUUGGGGCUUUGA